GGCUGUGAAGCAGACUAACUAGGCAGGGUAUUGAACGCGGAAAAUAUAUCUUGAGAUCUGUUGCUCUUUCACAAUCUACUUCGAACGGUAAGUCGGGUUUCAUCUUGAAACGAUGGUUCUUGUAACAUUCAGAACGCAUUUAUAAGAUUUUAAACCAGGACUAGUGAGUUAACCUCUGAUUCAGAGAUCCGUUUCGCCCAGCGUCAUUGCGUAUAAAUGGGAGUUUCUAAAUAGCUACAAUAUAGAGUUUAAGUAUUGCGUAUACGGCAAACGGCAAACGUCAGAUUCAAGUUGAGAAUUUCUCAAAAUAGAAAAUGAGCCGAUAAAAACAGCUCAAAACAAUUCUUAUUUACAUGUUGAAAUAAUAAACAGUACGGGAACCUUGGUCACACGGUACAAAUUCGCUUUUGCCGUUCGACGUAAACGUGAUGCUUAACAUCUCCAAUAUCAACUAUACGUCGAAUGUAGUGAUCCAUUUACGGCAGUGCCUAAUCCAAGCGGAAGUCGAAACCAUAUUCGUACAUUUUGAAGUUCCAAGUCAAAUUAUUUACUGAAAGAGCUGAUUUCGUCGAACGUAAUUUCUCAGUUUAGACAUCACAUACAUAAACAACUCGUCGACAGAAUUCGAAAUUAUCUCAUUAGCAUUUAUAUCAACAAGGCUAUAAUAACUUCUGGUUCGCAGUAUAUGGCAAACGGGCGGACUACACAUGUUUAAGUUGGGGAAUUUAGCGAUUAUUUCUUUUGCGUUUUGGCCACUUUUCUAAAUUUUAUUUCUGUAAUGACACACUUACGAGUUGACGGUUGAUUAAUUCAAUGUCCUGAAAUAAAGCAAUGCAAUGAAAUUUUUAUUACAUGCAAACCAAAAGAGACGUGCUCCCAUGCAAACUACCCUCAUUACCGUCCUUACGCACAACUUCGACGUGAAUUGGCCAAAUUUUAUGUUUAUUGAGAACGGGAAGUGCAAGGCAGCAAAUUCUACCAUUUCUGUGAGAACUCAAGCGUGGUCACGUCCAAAAGCUAUUAUACAUUCUGCAUUUAUAUUCCUGAAUAGCCUUCAUUUUUUCUCGGCAUGCAGUUUCUUGGUGUUGCAGCGGAAACCAUUGUUGGUUGGCUUGUGUGUUGUGCUGGGGGUAUUGUUCAAUGUCUUCUCAAUGUUUUGUUAUAUGCCAUUUGGCGAUAGCAACGGUCCGCGACAGCGAGAAACAACUUAAAUAUUUUAUUUGUGUUUCAUUACCUUUUUCUGCAGAAUGUCGCGCUCAUUUCUCUCUAAAGGCUGUGUCUUCACUAGAUUCUUAAUUGCAAUUGUUGGUUUACAAAACACAAACCUUACACGUACACUAGACCUAUUCUUCAGCAGCUCCCUGUAUGAGCGCGUUAUGCUAAUUUUCCUAAUUUGUUCUCUUCAUAUUACUUUAUUCCCAAGUGAGUGCGCAUUAUAUGUAAGAUGGCUGAAUAUUGGCCAAGUUGAUCAGGUUAAUAAAAAUGCAACAAUGAAGGAGGAAAAAAAUCUAACCAUCUUGAGCGAACAACCUUGCUGGUCAAUAAAGGAUUCAUAAUAAUGGACGAAAAGAGGACUUUUUUCGUGGGGCCAACUCGGAAAAUCCUGAGCAGGCCAGAUGGGAUUAUCUUGCCCGCUAAGAUACAUAAUAAAGCGACUUACGCUAGUAGUUUGUAUAUUGCAGUUUGAAUGCGUGGCACGUUGUUGCUAUGUCGCUAGCAGUUAAAUCCAGAUUUCCUAUUUUCAUUGUCGUUUUUUUAUAUAUAUUUCGUCAAUCGCAUUUUCCUGUGUAAGUGUGGGGGUACAGAUUUUGUAGGAAUAGACCAACAGGACUUGACAGUUUAACUUGGUCUAAUCUUCUUCUGUGUAGCAGUGACGAGCUUGACCAGAACUAAAACUGAAUAUAUCCUAGCUUACAGAGUGCUUAAGAAAGAGCGAUAGCAUUCAUGUGUGAAAAAUAGGUGUUUAGGAGUGUUUAUAAAUAUAGGAUCAAAAGAAACCGUAAUUGAACUGUUUCCGGCUGCUGCUGUGAAAAUUUUGCAUUGAAAUCGCUAGUCAGAAUGGUGAAAUUUUUCCGAGAUUUAUCAAAAGAGUAAAAUUCUCUUAAAACUGAUUCAACUUGGAACAGAGAAAUUAAAAGGUGUCAAGGCGCGUAGCUCAACCCAAGUUUUUAAUGAGUUGGAGAAAACUGAUUAUUAUGCGAACUUCGAAGUAGAAGUGUGAACGAACGUACCACUUGAACAAACGAAGAUCGUAACCAAAAUUACUUAUUAUUUCGAUAUCGCAGCUGCAAACGCCUUUCCAGGAAGGGAAUUUGGUUUCUAAUAACACUUACGUUCGUAUCCUGAAGACAGUCUGUGAAGAUAGUUUUAAGGAGGUCUCAGAGGUGUUAUAAAACUUUGAUUGAAAACUAAAUUGCAAAACACUAACUGAGGACCAAAUUUUCUCGUUACUAAGAAUUACCGCGCAACAACUUUUUUUUUAAUUAACCUUUUCUUUAUUUAAUUUAAAGACUUGAAGUUGAACCGGCACUUCUCGACGACCGGAAAUACGUCUGCUGUUCGCAGGCUAUUCGAGGUGGUCCUUAAUGCCACUAUAGCUCUACCCAACAACCCGACGUCAUGUUUGUGUUCUUGUUUUGAAAGCGCGAUGAAGUAAUAAAAUAAAAUGAAGGAGAGUUGUGAAAGUUGAAAAAGAAACUAAAAAAUGUGCGACUACAUAAGUCGUAAGUUUUAGUAUGUGCUUUAAUUGCCUUUCAGAACCGUAUUUUUUUAUCUGUUUUUCUUCGUGCAGCCAUGAGUUAACUUAUGGUGAAUAAUUCAGUAAGUCGUGGUAAAAAGAUGUGUAACGUUAGCCAGCAGUCUGGGUUGGUUGGAUUAGUUAUUCCAGAAAAAUCGACAUCCCUUCCGCCCCCCCCCCCCCCUCUCCCUAUCCCAAUUUUUUAUCCCUAUUACACUCUGAUUUCCAAAACUUGUUGAUGAGCCCCCCUCUCCUCAGUAUUUUUAAGUUCAAAGAGACCUCACCCCCCACUCCCAUCCAGAUUGUUAGAUGCCAUAAUUUUCAUAGCAGAAGAAGGUUCUGUUAGAUGACCCUUUUAUUAAAUAACUCUAAAAUUAAUUUAAUUUCUUUGUGAACUUUGUGUUUGUUGUGAAAGUUAAUUUUUUUUUCAUUUUCUAAUUGUCUUACGCAUUUUACAAACCAGCUGAUGUUUGAGAGAACUUCUCUUGUUUUCUAAACCAACCAAAAUAUACAGCACGAUGCACAUUACAAUUGACUCAAGAGGUGAUAUGUAAUCUGUACCCCCACAUAUUAGAGGUGAUAUACAGAUGCAAUGACUACAUUUUAAUUCAGUCGUAUAGCCAUUGCAACUUAGUAGUCAAGAACUGUAAUAAAAACAUUCAAUUUAAACUAGUAAUUGCCUGAACAUACUUCGUGAUCCUUUUGUUUUACUUUGCCAAGUUGACAUUUUAGCAUGCCCACAUUAAUUAACACGUUUUCCUGUGCAUUUUAUUAAUGAGCUAUCCUUAUGGUGUGGUGAGGUCAUUACUGGUACUUGCGUGAACAUGUUUCGCAUAAAUUAAGCAGGUUUCCCGCGCAUUUUAGUUAUGAGCCACAAAUUGGCUGGUACUUAGCUGGUACUUGUCCAGGCCGAAAAUGCUGGGACAACACUACUGUUAUUGACCUUUUAAUCUAUAUUCUUUGAUUGGUUAGAGAACGAGCCGAUGAAUUCAAAAUGCGGGUGAUCUUUAAAAUUGACAAGGUUGCAAUAGACACAGUGCAAUCAGUUGAAUGAGGCCCGUCUAUCGGUAUGGGUUGAAAAAAUGCGUUUACAAUAUAUCAGUCUACGUCAAGGGCGGCCCUGAGAACGCCUUUCGGCGUCUAGUUUCCAUUGUUUCAUUUCAAUCGCCAUCAACCCAACAAGACCAUUGUUUAACUCGCACCACAAACACAUUUCUAUCGUUUUUCCUCGUCAUGUCCCUCCAACGCAAUUCUGUUUUUUUGUCCUCAGUUCCAGCCACUCACAAGACGUAACGUACAUCUCAAGUUUUUGUAAGUGCGAGUAUCGUGGCAAUAGAUAAUAGAGUUCAGUGAAUAACAACGUACGCUGUCUUUGAAAAUCGUCGGUAUACACUGUAGUUAUAACCUUGAAAUCUUCAACCUUGAAAUCUUCAACGUUGCGAGACAUUGGUUUCUUGGUGAUCUCAGACAGGUAAUUCUGAGCCUUAAUAUUCGUCAAUAUCGUUCAAGCGUUCGCCAGCUUUGGCCAAAGCAGUCAAACUGUUUCUAACUUAUCAAUUCUACCCCGGUCAGUAGUAUUCUAAAAGAACGUCUGGGAGAGUAAUAUCAAGGGCAACCGAAAUACUGCGUCAAAAGUCUCCUCCUCGUCCGCUUGUGGAGUCAGGAAUCCAGAGCUUUGGAAUCCCGAAUCCAGGGCUCAAGGAAUCCCGACUCCAAGAUCAGGGGCACCCAACGAGAAUAUAGUUCAAAACCACUUAAACAUAGCAUUAUUAAACGUAUUUUAGUAUCUAAACGGUAGAUAUCUGGGGAUAUUUUUAUCUCCUAAAAAUUUUUCAUCUGUUCAGAUUUCCUAGCUGAAAGUCUAGUGAUCCGAAAAUUAUAGGGAUUAAAACUUACCUUUUCGAAAAUUUCAGCCAGAAAUUACCUUACCUUAUUAUAGGAAAUUAACUCUCCAUGAUUCGCGUUAAUUUAAGACGCGUGAAUUUUGUUGAGCGAUAAUUUCCGCGACGUUAAUUAAGUGCAGUGUUAAUUUCCGCGCACUUAAUUUCCACUAUUUUAACCCCAAUUUUGGAACCUGUCCAGACAUUCUUGACACCUAAAAAACGUAAUUAACUACAAACUUUCACAAAAGCUAGGGCGAAGGUUUACAAUAUUUCGGUUCAUCUUCAUCGUUGUCACUGUCAGAUGUGAUGUCAUCUCAGUUUUGUUCAGUUUUGAAUUUUUUUGCAUCCAGUGUUGAAAUAAAUUUGUUCUAGUUGUCACCACCGUGUCUUAAUCGCGUUAAUUUCCUUUAUUAUAAAAUUCUACGUCCUCUUUCGAGUUCAUUUUCUUUAUUCGAAAGUCGUUUUCCAUUAAAUUCGCGUUGAUUUAAGUCGCGUUAAUUUCCAAUACCUUUUAUGGAGCGUUAAUUUCCUAUAAUAAGGUAUACCAAUUUUUAGAUGUUCGAAAAUCCUAGGAGAGGCAGACAAGCAAGAAAUUUUACAAAAAAUGUUCCGAUAAUUCUAGAUCUCAAAUCGUGCUUCCAAACAGAUAUUUUCCGAAAAAUGACGUUGGGUGCCCCUGAAAGAUCUACUGAUAAGAAAUACAGAAUCUAGUCCCUAGAAUCCUUAACCCACAGCGUGGAAUCUAGACUGUCAAGACUGUCUUGCAUUCAGCACUACAUGGCACCAUUUAUGAGAUGCCAAAAAUUAAAUUUAAUUACCAUUUUUUUUUUUCUCUUUUGUAGCAGUAGUCCAUGUGAAGAAAGCUAUACAACUGACUAGACAAUGGUUUUACGAAGUGUUAGAACAGGUGUUCUCAUCUGCCUUAUUUUAGCCCUCUCCGCCAUGGUGAUACUUAUAUCACAUGUGAUCUCGGGAAGGGGAACUUCGCUACCUUGGUUCUACAAAACCUCCCGAGUCUCAGUUAGCAACCACAGCACCGCAAGACCUGUGACAAACAAAGAGAUCUUAGGGAUAACAAAGCACACCCCAGAUACCUCAACAAGUGUGUUCGUAAGGAUGUCUGGGAAACGACCAGAUCACAGGCAGCGUUAUUUGUGUAACGUUUUCAGGACUUCCGUUCUCUUCUGGCCUCCUUCCUUUGGAAAUUUAGUCGUAGGACUUGAUGAAGAAUCACAAGAGGAUCAUGAAUUUGCCGAAAAAUUAAAAACACUUGCCCAAAAAUACUUUCCUGAUCGUAGACUUGAAUUCUUUUAUGAGGCCCUUCCAAAGGACAAAGGAACUCUGGAGUUUAAAGGCUCGCCUAAGACACCCGGUUAUAACAGACAACUUUGGAGCAGUUUUUUCAUCGACCUACUAUCAAAUGACACCGUCAUUGCUUGGAUGGACAGUGACUCAGCUUUUUUUACCCCAGUAACUAAGUCCACAAUUUUUAAUGGGACAAAGGUACGAGCCUUAGGCUCCGCCUGCACCUUCUACAGGAGCUGGGUAUAUAACUGGGCAGAUACUACUAAACAGGCGCUAGGAUUACCAUUUGUCGCUGAUUUUAUGACGUAUUUUCCGGUAUAUAUGUACCGAGACACGGUCACUCACUGCAGAGAGCAUAUCCUAAACCAUUUAAAUACAAAUAACUUUGAGGAGGCCUUCAGAAAGUUUUACACGACUUUUAUCUCUCCAGUCAGCAUCAUCCUCUCUUAUGCAUGGUACUUUGAGAGAGAUCGCUACGACUGGAAUUUUGAAAUGUGCACUGACCUAACAGAAUAUAAUAAAAGAUUUCCAAGUGGCCACACCAUUAGGCCCGAAGAUAUAGAAACUGUUCUUUCCGAGCCUCAAACAGGUUAUCAUGGUGGCGCUGGGUUGGCUUUCAACGAAAAUGUCUUUACCAGUUAUUGCUUAUCACACAAAGCAGCAGGAAAUAAUUUGGAUAUAUGUUCUAAUCGUUCCGUGUCGCCAAGCGAUAAUUUACUCUUUUUUGUCCACGAUCUUCAGGGAGGUGUUGAUAAGCACCCAUGUAAAGGUGACCUUACCAAUACCUGUUUGCAAGUUCUAGAGCGACAUUAUAACCAAGUCGGACUUGAGAUAAAACAAGGCCGUAAGCUAGAAUGGAGCAGUUUAGAAACUGCCGAUACGCUUGCCAGGGAAUUUGGUAUAACAUGUCCGCCGAUUAAAGUUUGA